AAGUGGUAUAUCAUAUGUAACGAUCGAUGUAGAUCUUCGUGUAGGUAUCGAUAUUAUCGUCGUCGUCGUCGUCGCCGUUGCGUUUUUGACGUUUUCGCGCUUUUUACAGAUCAACGUGGUUCGAUAAUUCGAUCUGACGGCCCGGUAACAUUCGAUAAACUCAUAAUAUAGCGGAGUUCCAUCCAUAUGGUCGUUUAUCAUAACGGCGUCGUAUUCCAUUAAUUUAUAAUAUCACAUUUAUUAUAAAUUAUACAUACUUAUCUACAUCACCUUCGUCCAUCGUCCAUUGGCCAACAUGUUGAUGCUGUUAAGGAUCGCCGAAAUGAUUAUCCCAAUUAUGAUAUCCAUUUGUAUGAUGGGAUUCAAAAAUAAAAAUGUUACUGAUUAUAUCAAGUUGCUCCAAUUACAAAAUCAUGACUCACACUGGUUUUUCAAAAUUAUUUUCAUCCAAGUUUCUAUAUAUGUAAGUCUGUUUUUUACCAUGCUUGUCAUAUGUGGAUUAUUGAUCAAAGAACAAAUUCCUAAAAAAUUGGUACUCAUUGGCUCAAUCGUACAAGUACUUUUAUGUAUUGUAUCCUCAUUUUUUUUACUGCAAUUUCAUAAAGAUAUGGGCAAAUUCGAACUAAUUCUAUGUUCAUCAGGAUUUGGAUUUAAUGGCUUGCUGUUUACAAUUGAUGCGAUAGUUAUGUUUCAACAAAUCGUAUUUUCUCGUCCUCGUUAAAUUAUAAUCCAUUUAUUAUCUUAAGGUUAAGUUUAUAUUUAUUAUUUAUGUAUACCAUAUUAUUAUUAUUAAUUGUAUUUGUUUU